CAUUAUGUACUAACCCAGCAAUGGCACUAACCCACCUCCGCGCUAUGUACACGCCCAUGCCAGGUCGACUACGGGCUCGCGCGGGUCAAGAAUCCGACCAUGGCCCUGUCCAACUCGCACCCAAAGAACAAGACCUGGGUGGACAGCAUUCAUGAGCUCAUGCGUGAGGUGGUGAUUGACUGGUUUGACCGGCACCCGAGGGUCUACAACGCAGAGAUGAAGGGCUUCAAGUGGGGGAGGCAUGGACUGUACAUCCAUCACAGUGGGUUCGAGGAGGAGUGGAAGGAGAAAAAAGGGAAAGGCGGUGGGAAAAAAGGAUGGCAAGGGGGCGACUGGGGUCAAGGUAGAAGAGGCGGAGGCCUAGGGAUGGGCAAGCAGUCGACUUGGGGGCGCAGUGACGAGGGGGGCUGUAGGGUAAUGCUUGCGGUGAUCAUUGGUGGCAAUGGCACUACUCAAGCCUAGCAGGUGGGGAAGCACGCCCCACAGUCAGGGCAACAGCAGCAGGACGCGAUCGGGAAGGAGGGCGGUGACCAUACCAGGUGCAAGAGGAGGCGAGGCAGGAUGUGGAGAUUCAGGGUCAUGGGGGGGGGGACGGGGGGGAAGAAUCGUGGUUUCAAAAGGCACAGGGCAGACAGCUACCAGAAGCAGAGUUAUUGUAGCAAAACGGCGACAGCAGCAGCGGCGAGCAGGUGACAUAGCAGGGCCAGACGGCGACAUGUGUGGCAGGGGUCAAGGACCGGCGCAUUGCAAGCAGUUGUGUUUGUAUGGGCGUAAGCUACAGCAGCAGAGGGUGUGAGGCAGAAGACAAAUCAGGGACACUCGGAGACACGCAUGGCCAGGAGCAUAUGGACUGCGCAUUCCUGGAUUAGUACUUGAUCUCGACACCCGGGCUGGGGUUUGGUGUCAGGUACCGCGGCAGGAGUAGGCAGGCUGGGGGUCAGCAGGAUGGGAUUGGGGCAGCAUGGAGGAGUGUGGCUGGCCGCCCCCUGUUUAGUUAGGAGACUAGCCCAGAUGGCUCCCUGACUAUGGCUGCCACGCAGUUGGCUCGGGAGUAGUAGUUUUGGGUCCCACGUGGGGGUGGUGGCAGUCGUGGCCAGGUGGAUGCCAAGGAUUUUGUGAUGUUUUAUGUAUUUUCUACCUAUAAUAACAAGCUUGCAUAACA